UCGGAAGUCGAACAGCGCCGCUUCUGGACGGGAGCGUAGUUAAACCAAGACGUGACCGCAGAUAAUCUUGCAGUUGCUCUUGGUGUAACCGCAACAUAUUCUUGGAGCUUGUGUUAACGAAAUUCAAAUUGAACAGCAGCGAAUGGGUUAGGCAUGGCGCAAGCAAGAAGAUCAAUGACAGACGACAUGGAAAGCGAUGUUACAACAGGAACGAAAAAGGAAUUGGCGCUCGCCAAACAGCGUCAAAAUUUGGUGGCCAUUCCCAUUAUUCCAAGACCGUUGGCAAUUUUCUGCCUGGUUGCGAAUAUAAUCGUCCCUGGAACUGGAACAAUUAUUUCAGGAUUUUUGGUUUUCUGUUUCCAUCACAAGAAAGACAACUGUUUGAAAAUGAUAAACAUGUGUCUGGGCAACGUUCUCGUCGGUUUGGCCCAAUUAAUUACGGUCGUCUUUCUCCUCAUUGGUUGGUUUUGGAGUAUCAUUUGGGGCUGUGCUUUGGUCGGCCACUCGCAGAAUUAUCAAAAGGACUCUAUCAAACCAGUCAUAUUGAGAGUGCAAUCAGCCGACGAUCGGAGCUGACCAUCAGCACCCGUCGUUGACGGUUGACUGAAAUUUGAAGGCAAGGGUGAAGACUGGCAACCAGACUGAG